CUAGAGCAUGGUUGGGAGUUUUCUAAAUAUAAUACCAACUAAAGUUGUUUUUGCAAGUUGUCUCUGUUUUUGGGUGAUGUAUUUUGAAUCUUGAUGCUAAUUUGUUCAGAAAUCUACUGAAGCAGGUAUUUUCCAACAUCAAUGGAGAACAAGAUUAUGUGCACUGUCUUCUUUCCAAUAUUGUUGACACAAUGUUUCCUGGCUGCCUCAGCCAAAUCGCAAAAAAACUUCACCACAGACAAAUAUGCCCUUCUUGAGUUCAAAGCUCAUGUCACUUCUGAUCCUUUUAAUAAUAUCUUGUCCUCCAAUUGGUCUUCCGCCACCUCAAUCUGUAACUGGAUUGGUAUUUCAUGCGAUGCUUUUCAUCGUAGAGUCACAACCUUGGAUCUUCCAAACAUGAACCUCACUGGCAACCUCCCUCCUCACUUGGGAAACCUCUCAUUCCUUGUAUCUCUCAACUUGAGUGGAAACAACUUUUACGGCCAUUUGCCUUCAGAAAUGGGGAAGCUGCAGCGUUUGAGGCACUUCGACUUGAGCUCCAAUUUUCUUGAAGGAAGCAUCCCUGAUGCGAUUUGCUCGCUUUUAAAGUUGGAGAUUUUUCGGAUAGGAAAUAACCAACUUACAGGAACCAUACCAAGAAAAUUCGGGAACUUAACCAAGUUAAGGAAAAUAUAUAUAGGAGAUACAAAAAUUGGAGGAAAAAUACCACAAGAGAUAGGUAAUCUUCAUAAUUUAAAAGAAUUUGUAGCUACAAAUGCAACGCUCUCAGGUCCUAUACCACCAAGUAUAGGUGAAUGCAAGAAGCUUCAGAAGCUGCUGUUAUCGACUAAUAAAUUCACUGGAUACAUCCCAAGAAGCAUUGGGAACUUGAGUGAACUUAUUGCUUUGCAUUUAGAUGAUAAUGACUUUGAAGGUGAAAUUGUUCCAGCUAUCAUCUACAACAUAUCUUCCUUGAAAACAAUGAAUCUUGCACACAACAAUCUUUCAGGAAAUUUUCCUUUGGAUUUUUGUCGACGUUUCCCAAUGCUUGAGUGGCUUAGCCUCUUCAACAAUAAGCUCACUGGAACCAUUCCAAACGAUAUUGGAAACUGCACUUUGCUCUCCGUUAUAGGGAUUAGUGAAAAUUUCCUUAAAGGUGAAAUACCAGAGGAGGUUGGGAAGUUACCCUUGCGCUUUUUAAAUUUGGAACAAAACCUUUUGACAGGUUGCAUUCCUCCCAUGAUCUUCAACAUUUCAACCUUGGAGAUCAUUAGCUUACAGUGGAAUAACCUUUCAGGCCAACUUCCCUCAACCUUUGGACAUGGCCUUUCAAAUCUUACUGAGCUGUUCCUGAAUCAAAAUAAACUCAGUGGUGUUCUCCCAAGUUCCAUCUCCAAUUCUUCCUUGCUUACCAUCCUACAACUUAAUGACAACUCAUUCACUGGCCCUCUUCCUAAUUCGCUCGGCCAGCUAAGAUUCCUUGAUUGUAUUCAACUUGGAAAAAACAACAUGUCCUCUGAAUUCUCCAAUCCUGAAAAAAGCUUUCUCUCAUCUCUGACAAUUAGUAGAUCUCUAACACGUAUAGACAUAUCGUCUAAUCCCUUGAAUUGCAUCCUUCCAAAUUCAUUUGGGAAUCUAUCCACAUCCCUUCAAUAUCUCUAUGCAGAUAAUUGCAAAAUCCAAGGAAAAAUUCCUCCAGCAGUUGGCAACAUGAGCAACUUGAUUGGUCUAUGGCUUGGAAGAAAUGAUUUGAUUGGACCAAUUCCAACAACAAUUGGAGGACUAAAACAACUCCAAGGUUUGUUUUUCAAUAGUAAUAGACUGCAAGGAACAAUCCCAUAUGGCCUUUGUCAUUUGAAGACAUUGAGUGACUUGAUGCUGAGUGAUAACCAACUCAAUGGAUCCUUACCAGAGUGCUUAGCCAAUGUAAGUUCUUUAAGAGCCCUAUACUUAGAUUCCAACAAAUUAAGUUCAACCAUACCUUCAACCUUCUGGAGCCUUAAAUAUAUCUUAAGAGUAAACUUGUCCUCAAAUUCCUUCAAUGGUUCUCUCCCAUCAAAUUUUGGAAAGCUAAUGGUCUUGAUUAGCAUGGACUUAUCUAGAAAUCAACUACUAGGCAAUUUGCCUACUAGCAUUGGGGAUCUCAAAGAUCUAACUUAUCUUUCCUUGGCAAAAAAUGUAUUUAAAGGUAACAUUCCUCAGUCAUUUGGUGGGUUGGUAAGCUUGGACUUCUUGGAUCUUUCUAACAACAUUCUUUCCGGAGUGAUUCCUAAGUCUUUGGAAGGACUCUCUUUUCUCAAAUUCUUCAAUGUAUCUUUCAAUAGACUUGAAGGAGAAAUUCCAAGUGGAGGAUCAUUCAGAAACUUCUCUGCUCAAUCAUUUAUGGGAAACACUGCCCUCUGUGGUUUGCCAAGAUUUCAAGUGGCUCCAUGGAGUUUUGGGUCAGUAUACAAUGGGACACUUCGAGAUGGAAUAAACAUUGCAAUAAAGGUCUUUAAUCUACAAGCAGAUGGUGUACUCGAGAGUUUUGAGACAGAAUGUGAAGUACUACGCAAUAUUCGCCAUCGAAAUUUGAUCAAAAUCAUUAGCAGCUGUUGUAGUGAAGACUUUAAAGGCUUGGUGCUCGAGUUCAUGCCUAAUGGGACCUUGGAGAAGUGGUUAUAUUCUGAUGAAUAUCAUCUAAAUAUCCUACAAAGAUUGAAUUUAAUGAUUGAUGUGGCUUCUGCUCUAGAAUAUCUCCACCACGGACAUUCAGUUCCAAUCAUCCAUUGUGAUUUGAAACCUAGCAAUGUACUGCUUGAUGAAGAUAUGGUUGCACGUGUGGGGGAUUUUGGCUUAGCCAAGCUUAUGGGAGAAGGGGCAUCUGUGAUGCAAACAAUGCGAAUUGCCACUAUAGGCUACAUGGCACCAGAGUAUGGAUCUUUGGGAAUGGUUUCUGCAAAAGGGGAUGUUUACAGUUAUGGCAUCUUAGUCUUGGAGACAUUCACAAAAAGGAAACCAACAGAUAAAAUGUUUGUUGGAGAAAUGAGCUUAAAGGCCUGGGUGAAUGAAUCAUUAUCUCGUUCAUCAAUUGAAGUAGUGGAUGCCACUUUGAUGGAGGAGGAGGAGCAUUUCAUUGCCAAAGCAAAUUGUGUAUCAUCUGUUUUGGAAGUAGCUUUGAAUUGCUGUGCAGAAACACCCAAAGUGAGAAGAAAUAUGAUGGAUGUGUUUGGGAAAGUUGAGGGGACUGGGACUCUGGGAGUUUGUUUUCUGAGCUGUCUGAGAUGUUGCGGCAUGGAAUUCAAUGAUUUAUGGGGAUUUAAUUUGAUCAGGUUGGGAGAGUUAGGAUGCUGUGAGGUUGUUCGAGGAGAUGCCUCCUCGGAACGUAGUUUCACGAACUUCUAUGAUUGGCAGGUUUUGAUCAGAACAUUCACUGGUUUGCUUUCUGCUUGCGGCCAUUCAGGGAUGUUGUAACAAGGGAGUUUUUUUUUUUUUUUUCGUGGGUAUAUUAGAUUAGUCCACUAAAUGUAAGGUCCGGUACUAUUUCUGUGUAUAGAGACACUGAGAAGACAGAAAGUCGCAGAAACCCACUGACUGGAGAAAUGAGUUUGAAGACGUGGCUGAAAGAGUAAUUCUCUUGUACAGUAACUUGGCUUGCGGAUACAUUUUGUUGGAGGAACAACAUUUUAUUGCCAAAGCUAAUUGUGUAUCUUCUGUUCUGAGACUGGCUUUGGAUUGUUGUGCAGAAUCGCCAAGAAACAUGACAGAUGCUG